CCGUUUCCUAGCUCUGUGCACUUUAGUACAGCCGAGGUCCUAAUUGUCGCUCCGGAAGGCGGAAGCGAGGUUUGGUUUCCGGUGUAAAGGGGGAGUGUGGCUCGUGUUGCGCAGGCGGGAAAGUGUUACUUGCGCCCCCUGAUCCUCGAGGCUUCCUCUGUUGGUCUUACGUCUAGAACAUGCCAGAUACAAGAAGGGGCUAAAUUGCUUUUCCGUCUGAUUACAUUCACAAAACCUCUUCCCGGACUGCAAGUGUGGUGGUGUGACUCCAACUCCUGCCGUAGAGGGCGGGGGUUUGGGAGGAGGAAGCUGUCAGCAUGGCAGAUACACUGGAAUUUAAUGAAAUAUACCAGGAGGUGAAGGGAUCAAUGAAUGAUGGUCGUCUGCGACUGAGCCGACAAGGUGUAAUUUUCAAGAACAGCAAAACGGGCAAAGUGGACAACAUCCCAGCAUCGGAGUUGGCAGAGGGCAUCUGGCGGAGAGUGGCAUUGGGCCAUGGUCUCAAACUACUUACUAAAAAUGGCCAUGUCUACAAGUAUGAUGGAUUCAGAGAGACGGAGUUUGACAAACUCUCUGAUUUCUUCAAGACCCACUUUCAUUUGGACUUGGCAGAAAAAGAUCUCUGUGUAAAAGGGUGGAACUGGGGGACAGUGAAAUUUGGAGGACAGCUCCUCUCCUUUGAUAUUGGGGAGCAGCCAGUUUUUGAAAUCCCACUCAGCAAUGUUUCCCAGUGCACAACUGGCAAGAAUGAAGUGACGUUAGAGUUCCACCAGAAUGAUGAUGCUGAGGUGUCGCUGAUGGAGGUGCGAUUCUAUGUGCCGCCCACUCAGGAGGAUGGUUUGGACCCUGUGGAGGCAUUUGCACAGAAUGUGCUGUCGAAGGCAGAUGUCAUCCAGGCCACUGGUGAUGCUAUCUGCAUCUUCCGAGAACUGCAGUGCUUGACGCCUCGUGGGCGCUAUGACAUCCGUAUCUAUCCCACUUUCCUGCACCUCCACGGCAAGACUUUUGAUUACAAGAUCCCCUAUACUACUGUUCUACGUCUUUUCCUACUGCCCCAUAAAGACCAACGCCAGAUGUUCUUUGUGAUCAGCUUAGACCCUCCUAUAAAGCAAGGGCAAACACGAUAUCACUUUCUUAUCCUACUCUUCUCAAAGGAUGAGGACAUCUCCUUGACCCUCAACAUGAAUGAGGACGAGGUAGAGAAGCGCUUCGAGGGACGGCUUACUAAGAAUAUGUCGGGAUCCCUGUAUGAGAUGGUCAGUCGUGUCAUGAAAGCCCUUGUUAACCGCAAGAUCACUGUGCCCGGCAACUUCCAGGGGCAUUCUGGGGCACAGUGCAUCACUUGUUCCUACAAAGCCAGCUCGGGGCUCCUGUACCCUUUGGAACGUGGCUUCAUUUAUGUGCACAAGCCACCCGUUCACAUCCGCUUUGAUGAAAUUGCUUUUGUAAACUUUGCCCGUGGAACCACAACCACACGCUCCUUUGACUUUGAGAUAGAAACUAAGCAAGGAACACAGUACACUUUCAGCAGCAUAGAAAGAGAGGAAUAUGGAAAACUGUUUGACUUUGUGAAUGCCAAGAAACUGAAUAUCAAGAACCGAGGACUCAAGGAGGGCAUGAAGCAGAACUAUGAUGAAUAUGCUGGCUCGGAUGAUGACUCGCACGAUGCCUAUUUGGAGCGUAUGAAGGAGGAAGGCAAAAUCCGGGAGGAGAAUGCAAAUGACAGCAGUGAGGACUCUGGGGAGGAAACAGAUGAAUCGUUCAAUCCUGUGGAGGAGGAAGAGGAUGUGGCAGAAGAGUUUGAUAGCAAUGCCUCAGCCAGUUCAUCUAGCAAUGAAGGAGACAGUGAUGACGAGAAGAAGAAACCUGCCAAAAAAGCCAAAAUUGUCAAAGAACGCAAGCCCCGCAAGAAACCAUCUGAGAAUAAGAAAGGAAAAGACCCCAAUGCCCCAAAGAGACCUUUGUCUGCCUACAUGCUUUGGCUCAAUGCCAACCGUGAUAAGAUCAGAUCAGAUAGUCCUGGCAUGAGCGUCACUGAUGUGUCCAAGAAGGCUGGAGAACUCUGGAAGGGGAUGUCGAAAGAGAAGAAAGAGGAAUGGGAUCGCAAAGCUGAAGAGGCCAAGAGGGACUAUGAGAAGGCCAUGAAGGACUACAGUGAGGGGGGCAAGUCAGACAGUUCCAAGAAGGAGAAAUCCAAAAAGAAAAAGAAGCCAGAGAAGCCAGGGAAAGGCAAACCAGAGAAGAAGGCUACUCCUGCAAAAUCCUCUUCUGUCAGCAAGAGCCCCUCCAAGCAACUAGGCGAGAGCUUCAAGAGUAAGGAAUUUGUGUCCAGUGAUGAGAGCUCCUCAGGCGAGGACAAGAAGGAGGACUCGGAGGAGGAGGAGAUCGCCAGCACCCCACCCAGCUCAGCAGAGUCUGCCUCUGGCUCAGAUUAGCAAGAAACCUCCAUCUACUCACCCCCCCCCACACAGACCCUGGUCCCCCUACCCCACUUUUCAAGCGAUGUGGUUGCUAUAUUACUGAGGUGCAGCUGACUGGACCUUGUUUCAUCCAGGCAAGUAAACUGCAGCUGGCAGCAUAUAGGAGUAGCUACCAUGCUUCAUUGGUCUACUCAACCUGCUCCCCUUCUAGUACUGCAGGUUGCGAGCAGGACCAAUUAUUCCAUCUAGAGAGAAGGGAUGGUGCUGGAAGAGUGAGGAUGGGGAAAGCAGACCUUCCUUUUUCCAGCCUCCAUGCCAUGUGUCCAGUUAGAUGGCAGGUUGAGGAGCUUGUGGCAUGCAGCUGGAAUCUGGGACAUUAUGCCACUUGCCUAGCAAGAUGCAAGUUUUUUUAAAAGGUUCUCUGUAUUUCUGUUCUGUUUUAUCGUGGCUAACUGAUUUAAUAAAAAAAUCAAGUGAC